UGCCUCGUUUCCGUGGUCACCAUCGUCGUCGCGCUCGCAUUCUGCCUUGUCGGCACGGAUGAGCAGACCGAACCCACCGUCGCCAAGAAGGUCUGGUCAACAACAAGGCAAACGAUAAGAAGAUAUGCUCGCAGCAAAGCCGAGCCGUCGAAAAUCGAGAUCAAAAUAGCGAAUAUCGAUUUGUCGGAUGAGGAGGAGAGCACUCGUCUUCUUCGAUUGGCCAUGCUUUCGAGAGCGGUCAUCGCCAGCGCUCUGCUAGCGGUCGUUUUGGGUGGUUGGGGAGAUCCGUUGCGGGACCUCGGCGUUCCGAACUAUGACUGUGGAGCGGAUUUGAUGAAGCCGAGCGCAAAGAUCCCCACAAAUGUCAACUCUGUUCGUCCUGGUGACAUCAAGGUGGUGAUGGCGCUCGGGGAUUCGAUUACGGCAGCAAAUGGCGCUGGUGCCGAAGAUCCUCUAGCCGUCGUCCUCCAGUAUCGUGGUCUAGCCUUCAUGGCGGGCGGGGACAAGUCGCUCGAGCAGCACGUCACUAUACCAAACAUCCUAAAGAAGUACAACCCCAAACUGUACGGAUAUUCGCUCGGAAUUGGUGGUCAAAUGGUGUGGGAGGUCGCCCAGUUCAACUUGGCCUAUCCCGGGGCAAACGCCAAGGAUCUACCGGAUCAGGCCAAGGAUUUGGUGGCCAGGAUGAAGGCACAUUCUGAUGCCAUCGACAUGGCAAAUGACUGGAAAUUGCUGAACAUCUUCAUUGGUGGAAAUGACAUUUGCGGGCUUUGCAGGCAUCCGGACUACGCUCCGUCAAACUGCGUAGCCGAGAUUCGUCAGGCCGUCCAGUACAUCCAGGAUAACGUCCCAAGGGUGAUAGUUAACCUGAUGUCAAUGCUGCAUCUCGAACUCCUCCGCCAGGUCGACACCGGAAAUAUGUUCUGCUUGGCGUUGCAUACCGAUGAAUGCGGCUGUGAGCAGAACAAGAACUUCACGGAUGCAAUGAUUUCGGCCGCUUGUACAGAAUAUCAACAGCUAGAGACUAAACUACAGGAUGACGGCAUCUUCGAGAAAGACGAUUUCACAUAUGUCGUCCAGCCAUUCGCUAAUGAGAUCAUCCACCCGCCCAGUUAUCCGAACGGCACUGUGGAUUCGGACUUCUUCUGCCCCGACUGUUUCCACUUUUCUCAAUAUGGCCAUGCCGUCACAGCCACCUGGGUUUGGAAGAACAUGCUCGAGCCGGUAGGCAAAAAAACGACGAAGGGCGACUUCUCCGGACCCGCGCUGCCGUUGUCAUGCCCUGACCCUAAAUGCCCCUUCAUCCGAACACCCAAGAAUUCCGCCGACUGCUCCAAAUACAUGACAGAA